CGGGGUGAAAUCUGACGUUUCGAGGGAUGGAUAAGGCUGUGCUGUGCAGGGCUGAGCCUUUAUCCGCGCCGACCUCUGUCACCCGUUGAAGUCCGUGGGCUGGAACCCAGAGAGCGUCCCUGGCGCGGGGCCACCCUACGGGAGAAGCCUGCUGCGCGCGGCGGACUCUGGGCUCCAUCGCCCGGGGUCCCGCGCUUGGAGAGGAGCCCUGGGGGGACCGCGUUCCCCAGAUGUGACCCGAGCUGACUGCCCAUGCGCGCCCCCGGGACCCCGGCGCCCGGCCGCCCGGCCCUGCCGCCCCCGCUGCUGCUGCUGCUGCUGCUGCUGCUGCUGGCGGCCUGGGGACAAGCAGUGCCUUGUGUCUUUGGCGGUGUGCCUAAACCUACAAAUAUCAGCUUCUUAUCCAUCAACAUGAAGAACGUCCUGCAUUGGAACCCACCAGAGGCUCUGCAUGGAUUCGGAGUCACGUACGCUGUGCAAUAUUUCAUAUAUGGGCAGAAGAAAUGGCUGAGUGUCGCUGAGUGCAGAAACAUCAGCAGGACCUACUGUGAUCUUUCUGCUGAGACUGCAGACUAUGAGCACCAGUACUACGCCAAGGUGAAGGCCAUUUGGGAAACCAAGUGUUCCGAAUGGGCUGAAACUGGCCGGUUCUAUCCUUUCUUAGAAACACAAGUCGGCCCUCCAAAGGUUGCCCUGACAACUGGUGAGAAGUCUAUCUCUAUUGUCCUGACCGCACCAGACAGGUGGAAAAGAAAGCCAAACGACGACACUGUUUCCAUGCAACAGAUAUACCCGAGUCUGAAGUACUGUGUGUCUGUGUGUGACGCUAAGUCAAGAAGAAUGUGGUCACAGUGUCUCAGCGACAGCACACUGGUGCUCCGCCGGCUGGAACCAAGCACUCUGUACUGCAUCCACGUGGAGUCCUUUGUCCCAGGGCCCCCUCGCCUCACCCUGCCUUCUCAGAAGCAGUGCCUCAGUACUUUGGAAGCUCAAACAUCAUCACUGACAGUCAGAGUCAUCUUCUGGUACAUCCUGCCCACAUCUCUUGCCGUGUUUCUUUUUUCUGUGAUUGGCUACUCAGUUUACCGUUACAUCUAUGUUGGCAAAGAAAAACACCCAUCCAAUCUGAUUUUGAUUUAUGGAAAUGAAAUUGACAAAAAAGUCUUUGAGCCUGCUGAAACAGUGUCACUUAAUUUUAUCACACUCGGUAUGUUGGAUGAUUCUACCGUUUCUCAAAAGGAUCUGAGUUUACUGGAAAAAAGCAGCGAUGACUCCAGCGUUAGUGGCCCUGAGCUCAGCAGGAACUGGGAGACGCAUCGGGAGGGGCGACACUUAGGAUACUCCUCAGAUUCGACGGAUAUUGUCUGUGGUGCAGAGCAAAGCAACAGAGACACCUCCCUAGCCCAGUAUGAAUGGCUCAGCUGCACCAUGCCCACAGGGGAGGCAGAAACGGAGCCUGAGUACAAGCAGCUCUGUGGGCAGGAAGAGGCUGCCAGAGCAGGGGAAUUAUCCGAGCCACAAACGGCCUUAGCAAAGUUGGAGCCGCAGCCAGACGACCUGCCUGACCUGGGGCAGGAGCACCCUGGCUCAGAAGAUGGGCCGGAGGAAGAGCCAUCUUCAACACUAGUGGAUUGGGACCCUCAGACUGGCAGGCUCUGCAUCCCUGCCUUCGCUAGCUUUGACCAGGAUCCUGAGGGAUACGGACGUUGUGAUAGAGACCAUCUCUCAGAGGACGGCCUCUUGUCCAGACUCUACGGGAACCACAUGCCUGACAAGGCAGAUGAAGAAAGUGAAAGCUCUCUCGUGCAGUUUACGGAGGAGUGGGGGUUAUAUGUACAAAUGGAAAGCUAACCGCAGACCCUCUGUGGACCAGCUUCUCCGGGGACGGGCCUCGUGCUCGUCAAUAAACCAACUAUCCCAGUGAGUGAGUAGUGGGAAUGAGUAGGCCCGCCUGUGUCCAGAGUCCCCGCUGUCAGUGACGUCCUCUGUCCACGCACUUGGUCAGCCCUGCCUCGGGUCGGCUUCCAUAGGACCAUCUCCCUAAUACACACCGCGUCCUGCAGUGCAGGAACUGUCUGGAAUACAGAUCCCUGAGCUUUGCUGUAGACAGAGGAAGCUUUUGCAGGGUGGGCGGGGACUUCAUACAGGAGAGCAGACUGAGUUUGCCUGAGCAGUUGUUUUCUGGGUUUUUACUGUAUGUAUGUAACACUAUCAAAAAUUUCCAAUUAUUGCAUAAACA